AGACUUCACCAAACCCAUCCCACCGAACCCCCCCCCUCUCGCUCUCGCGAGAUCCUGACCUGGCUGCGGCGGCGCGGAGACCCUCGCGCUGGGCGAUGGAGGAGGGUGGCGCGCGCGAGGGUCUCUUCUCGCUGGAGCUGCUGGUGGAGUGGGUGCGGGUGGAGCCGCAGCUGCUGCCCGCGCGCGGCCCCCUGCGCCCGGCCGUGGCGCUGCGGCUGCUGGACUUCCCCACCUUGCUGGUGCACCCGCCCGAGCCGGGCUGCCCGCCGGGGGGGCUCGUCCCCUUCGGCCGGGGCAAGUCCUGCCUCUUCCGCCUGGGCCCGGGCCCCCUGCGGGGCCUGCUCCGCCGCGCCCCGCUCUACGCGCUGCUGCUGGCGCUGCCCCCGGGGCCCGGCCCGGCCCGGCUGCUCGGCAGCUGCUGCGUCUCCCUGGCCCCGGCCGCCGAGGAGCUGCUGCGGCCGCCGCAGGGCGGGGCGACGCCCGGCUCGCGGGGCCGCAGGGGCCGUUACCCCCUGCGGGACCUCAUGGGGGAGCGGGUUGGGGAGCUGGCCCUGGGCUACCGCCUCAGCAGCCUGGGGCCGGCCUUGCUGGGACACCUGCCUGCGGGCCUGGGGCAGGGGGUGGCCGGGGGAGCGCCCCUGCCCAGGUCCACCUGCCCCCCGGAUACCCAGCGCAAGAGCGGGCCCAGGCCGCAGGGGGCCCCGGGGGAGCAGGCGUCUGGGCAUAGUAGGCGCUCUACGUCUAUCGGCAUCCAGACGGAGCCGCAGGGCAGGGAGGUGCCUGGGGAGCUGAAGCCUGAGCACAGCGGCCAAGCCUCUUCCCCCACUGGCCAGACCCAUCUGCCAUGUGCGGAGGAGGUGUGGGAGCUGGAGAUUGAAGCAAACAUCUUCUGCCCUCCCCCCUUGUACUACAGCCACCUGCCCACAGAGCCCCCACCCGCCCGGGCCCCUGGGCGGGUGGCAGUUGCCCAGCCUCAGGCACCACAGGAGCAGAGCCCAAGUGCAACACCAGCACCGUUACAGGAAGCUUGUCCAGACAGAGGUCGGGCUUCUGGUUCCCUGGCCCAGUCGCUGGGUAGCGCCCAGCAGCUCAGAGAUGCUCUAAGAGAGCUGCCUCUGGUCAACGCUUUGCUGGUAGAACUAUCCCUGCUGAGUAAUCAGCCCCUGCACUUGGGACCUUCUACUGUUCACCCCCAGCUGGCCUGGCUAUACCGAGAAGUAGAAGAAGCUGACAUCAAGACCUCAAAACCUCUUACUAAAAGCAGAUGGCCAGCUGGGAAAGAUAAGGAAACACUUCUUAACCCCAGAGAAAGGUUCAAAAGAAGUCAGCAACAGUUUUCUAAAUUGGGGGGUUCUUCCUUACGAGAGACUGGAGCAGGGAAAGGAACCAAGAAAGCUGUAGCAUCAAGAAACAACUGUUUUGAAAAGAAGAGUGGAACCAAAGAAAACACACCCCCAAGGAAGAAACUGUUUUAUGGACUCACAAAUACACUGAGGUUACGAUUACAGCAGACCAAUCCAGAUAUGUUAGUACUUCAUGAAAGGAGAGAACAAUAUAGAAAAAGGCAAGUAGAGAUGCUGAGAGAAAAGCAAAGCAAAGGACCUUUGUCCAGAGGAAAACUAUUCAGAAACACUGCUGAACAGCAUCUGAUGUCUUACAGGCAUCCUGCUGAGGGAGGAAUUUUAGAACAAAAUAUUCAGGUUGAUGAAAAUAUUGAGACUUUAAUACAAAGUAGUAUUGAAAAAGAUCCCUCCACCACUAUAAUGGAAGACAUUUCUGACCUACAAAAACAUGCUGCUCUCAAUAGACCGAACAAUCAUGAGGAAAAUGCUAAGGAAGAGAAUCCAUAUGAAGUGAAUACAAACUCUUCACUGGAAGUAACUACAGUUAAAACCCCUUACAAAGUAAAGGGUGUGAAAGUCCACCUCCCAAGAACUUUCACACAGGAUACUGGUGCAAAGAGAAAUAAAGUAGAUGAGGAAGCAGUACACUUGAUUCAUGACAAAGACACAGAUGACUAUAAUGCUUCCCCAUUAGGUGAUUAUCAACCAGGCCAAAACAACAGUUUUGAAAGUAACCCUGAAUUCAAGUAUUCAGAUGACUUUGUUGGCAGCCCUGAGAACACAGGCUAUUCGGAAGAUUUCACCAGUGCUGACGAUACGGGCAGAAGCUCAGAAACUCUUGAUAGCAGCCCAGAGUGUGCACUGGUAAGCCCAAAGCAAGCUUGCUCAGACGUGGAAUCAGAAUCCAAGAAGUCCAGGCUUUCUGAAAAAAGUCUGAGAACUGAAAGUAUUUCAGCUCCUCUACCAGUUCCUUCAAGUGCCUCUCCAGUCCAUUCUCUUAAAAGAACCUAUGACUUAAAAGCAAAAAAACAGAAUACAGGUGUGGGUGUCAGUGUAUCCAUUAGUGACUCCUCUCCUCCUGCAGGUUCAUUAGAUAAGCAGGAGUUAGCUUCACAUAUCAAGGAAGAAGAUAGCAAAAUUGACCAAAAUAUUUUCCAGGCCCCUGAAGUGAAGACUAAGCAAACUAAUUCUGAUAUAAAUAGAGUAGUAAAGGGCCAAACCUCUUUGGAAAAGAGCCAGUCACUGAGGACAUCUCAAGUUAGCUCCUACUUGCCAUCCAACAUGUCUGAUCUUGAACUUAGUGGUGUGGAAAACAAUACAUCAGACAAGGAAGAGGAUGACGAUUUUGGGACACUGAGUAUUCCUAAUCAAUAUAAGCACAUCAGUGAACUAGUAGUAAACAAGCUGCCUGGAUACACCAUGUAAUCAAUAUACACUCUUGGUCAAAACAGAAUGUUUACUUUUUUAUUUUUAUAAACAAUAUUAAGAUAUUUGUAGUUGGAUAUAUAUAACAAAUAUGUUUGGCUUUAUGAAUUUAAUAAAUUGCUGUUUUUGUUUUUAUAAAAACAAAGAUUGUAACUUUGGUGUAUAUAAUAUAACUUCAAUAGUCUAAGCCUAGCUUUAAAGGAAAAAGACAAGCAAAAAAGUGUUAAAAUACCUCAUCUUUUCAAUUGUAGAAAUGAAAAUGGAAGCAGUAAGCCUUCCUAGAAUAUCCAAAGACUUGUCAGAAGAAAAUGUUAGUGCUAAAGAAACAACCAUGCAGUUAAGUUAUGAGUACAAAUUAUGUCUAACCAUUUUUAUAAACUGAUAUUUUAAACAGUCACCUUUUUCACAAAAGUAACCUUUACACUUCCAGGAAAUAAAUGCAGUACAACUGCUACUUAGUGCACACAGCCUGUCAUAGGCAAUAGCAGUAUAGAUUGUAAAGCCAGAAGGAAUCAUUAUGAUAGUGUCGAUAUGAAAGUCAGACUAGACUAUCAUAAUGACUAACACAGGCCAUAGCAUUUCACCCAGUGUUUGUAACCCUGAUCCCAUUAACUUGUGGUUAAAGUAUUCUCACCUUUUCAAGUUGGGGGACCCCUUAUAAAUUUUCAUGACCCCUUACAUCUAUUAUAAAGGAGUAAACAAAAAAUGUUGAUAAGCCAAUUUGUGUGUAUUUCAGGAGGUUUACUGAAAAUACACAAAUAUAGGUUCACUAUAUUUGACCUUGAAAGAUAAGUUUGGGUGGGGAGUGGAAGAGAAAUUUUCAUUGCUUUAGACUGUAAUAAAUUCAGAGUCCUCACAAC